CAUUAAAAAUGUGUGAGCACCCGGUUGUAUGGAUAUUUGAGUGCGUACAUACAUAGUAAGUGCUAGUUACACUUGACCAGUUUAGGUUACCUAAUUGAGUUGGUUAUCGACCAUUGUGAUUAUCAGACGGAGAAAUGGUUCUAGCGAAUGUUCCGGCACCACGCUAUGAGGAGAAAGUUGGGAUAAAUGCAAUUCUUUUGGGUCCACCUGGAUCGGGAAAGGGCACGCAGGCUCCAUUAUUGAAAGAAAAAUUUUGCGUGUGCCAUUUAUCAACUGGGGACAUGCUACGAGCUGAAAUUGCUUCUGGCUCUAAACUAGGAGCUGAUUUGAAGAAAAUCAUGGAUGAAGGCAAACUUGUAUCAGAUGAUCUUGUUGUAGACAUGAUUGAUAGCAAUUUAGACAAACCAGAAUGUAGGAAUGGAUUUUUAUUGGAUGGGUUUCCUCGUACGGUUGUACAAGCUGAAAAGCUUGAUGGCUUGUUAUCGAAAAGACAUAGUGCUCUAGAUGCUGUUGUUGAAUUUAACAUUGAUGAUAGCUUAUUGGUUCGAAGAAUAACUGGACGUUUAAUUCACCAAGCUAGUGGUCGAUCAUAUCAUGAAGAAUUUGCACCACCAAAAGUGUCAAUGCGUGACGAUGUCACAGGAGAACCUUUGAUGAAACGUAGUGAUGAUAAUGCAGAAGCAUUAAAAAAGCGUCUAGAAUCAUAUCAUAAACAAACUAAACCAUUGGUUGACUAUUAUGCACUUAGAGGAUUGCAUUUUAAAGUUGAUGCAGCUAAAAGUAGUCAUGAUGUCUUCAGUACAAUUGAUACGAUUUUCCAAAGACAGCGUGAAUCUAAAGCUUUUUUAUGAUAAAUCCUCUCAAAAAUUGGGCAGUGUAAUUGUACAUAAACAAUUUUGAUUUUAUUUUGGUACCCUUUUCUAAGGUUAGAAUAACUUUGCAAUAGGCUUGUAUUAACGUAAAAAACUUUUUUUUUAUUUUUUCUAUUAUAAUGGUAUUAUAUAAGCAAUGAAUAAUUUAAAAAUAAUUACUCUUAAUAUAAAAAUUAUAAUAUAAAUGCAUUUAAAUUAUUUAUUUGUUUAAAUACAAUUUUAAUUUUUCAUUUAUGUACAACCAUUGUAAGAAGUUUUAAUUUCUUAAAUGUAUAUAAAUCAUUGUGAAAACUUUGUCAUUGAAUUACAUAAUCUAUUCCUUAGAAUAAAUUGCAGAAUUUUUC